CCCUUUCAAGUUUCAUGUUUAGAAGCGCAGUGCUCUUGAGUCUGGGCAGAAUACUUUAAAAAUACUGCGCGUCCUUUAGACAAGAUAUUAGCGCUAGAUCUAUCUUAAUUCUUGACCCUUUGAUGGACUUUUAAAAAACAGGCUCUAAAAAUGCAUAAGAUUGUCAGAUGUGGUUGUGCAUUCCAAACACCAACCCAAAGCUACCUGAAAUCAGUAGCCACCUCGCAUCAUGUUCAUCAGAGACGUUACAUCGAAAGCUCGUCGGCGGCCUCUCCUGGCUUUUUCCAGUCUAUAUCUGAGAGUAGUGCCGUUCUUCAAACACAAAAUUUGCUAGAAAACAUCCACGACCUGUCGGGUCUUCCCUGGUGGGCGACCAUCUGCGUUUCAACUGUUCUCUUUCGGUCCGCGGUGACCCUUCCGCUGACUAUUUACCAAAACAAAAUCUUUGCCCGACUGGAAAAUAUUCGAGAAGAGCUAAAUUCUCUUGUACCCGAGUUAAAAAAAGAAACUGCUAUUGCAAUAAAAAAGUUUGGUUGGACAGAGAAGGAGGCAAAAGAAGCCUUCUCCAGGUCGAUGAAGAAACAGUACGACCUUCGAGUGAUUCGUGAAAAUUGCCACCCUAUCAAAUCAACUGUGGUAAUCUGGGCACAACUGCCAAUGUGGGUUUGCCUGUCGAUGGCCUUCAGGAACAUGGCGUCUGUACAAAGUGGAGACAUUCAGGCCCAACUGACCUUCCUUGAAUUCACCCUUGGAGGCACCCUCUGGUUCCCAAACCUGACACUGCCCGACGCCUCCUGGAUCCUGCCUGUGACCUUGGGACUGGUAAAUCUAGCCAUUGUGGAAAUCCAGGUGGCCAAUCGAGCGGCCAAGGCAGCCGGUGCGCCCAACAAACUGCAAAGGUAUGCGACAAACUUCUUCAGGGUUGUCAGUGUGAUCAUGGUGCCUGUGGCCGCCUCUGUGCCAAGCUGUAUGAGCCUCUAUUGGACUGCGUCCAGCACCUGCGGCCUUGCCCACAAUAUGCUUCUCUUUUCACCAAAGUUUCGAAGACUCGUGCGAAUCCCGAAGUCUGCAAACGAACUUAAAAAUCCCUAUUCCAACUUAGUGAAGCAUUUUCAGGAAAAAUUAAGACUUUAAUCAUCGAGUGAUUCUUAACAAAAAGUUUACCACUAGGAUUUAUUAAUUAUCAAUAAACAAGUCAACAGCCAAGCCAAAUUGCAAUAUUUCACUUCCUU